AACACCGGCGCAGUUACACAGCAAUGGCUACGAGUGUCCCGACGGCGCCUGGACGAAACUCAGCGCAGGAGCUGAAUGCGGUCUCGUGAGGAUCGAAGGACUUUGUUUGGGGCAUUUCCUUACCGUCCGAGAGCAAAAAGUGGCAAAUUUCCAGAGAUUUGGAUUAUAAAAGGACCAUAAGGAACCCUACCGACUUUUUUUUUUUGCCAAACAAUCAACAGGCUGUCUAUAAAGUGGAUGACAGAUCACAGACUUACAUAACAAGACUACAUCUUUUGCUGGCAUGCAGUCAUUCCUGGUUUGAGCAUUUUCACCAGUGGUUCCUCUUCAUGCUCAAGCAGGUCUCAUUAAAUACUGGGCUGGUUUGAGCUGUACACCGCUGCAGCAGGGAUGAUCACAUCCCAUAUGAAUGGCUAUGUGCAAGAGGCUGCUGGUCAGGCCAAGAGCCACCGGGAGAGGGCCGUGGACUGUCCAGGGGAGGAGAAUACCCUCGUCAAAUCACCACAAUGCAGUGCUCACAUGGAGAGGAUUAAGCACUACCAGGAGGAGCUGAGGAAGAAAAGGGAGGAGGAGAGCAGGGGGAGGCACGAAAUUGACCCAAAUGCAUCACUGAGGCUGAAAAAGCUGGCACAGAACCCGAAGGUGGGCAUCGACAAUCCCACCUUCGAGGGGAGGGAAAAGGCUAUGAAAGGCACCGGCUCCCAGGAACCUGUAGCUGAACUAGAGGAGCUGCUGCAGGCUCUGAAGUGGGCGCAGCACAGUCUGACUGAUGCCCAGAGUCAGCAGGAUGUGGAGCUGUUACUGCAGCUCCUCGCCAAGGAGGACUUUAGGAAUUCCUACAACAUCUACACUGUUGUGUCGCAGCAGAUGAACAGAGUCAGCCCCACCUCACCCCUCACAGCACAAGCUCAGGAUCUCUGCCAGGAGGUACAGAGGAUCCUCCAGUCCAGCCAACAGAAGGAGGGUUUGGAGCUCAGGGCUCUGCUCACCAAUCCUCAUCUACAGGCACUGAUGCAGGCUCACGACAGUGUGGCAGGUCAGGAACUGACAGAAGGAGAAAAUAUGACUCAGUAUCUUGGGGAGACGGUUAAACUGGUGCGACUGGAAAAGACCCGCGACACUCCACUGGGUGCAACAGUUCGUAACGACGUGGACAGUGUGGUGGUGAGUCGAGUAGUGAAAGGCGGAGCAGCAGAGCGAAGCGGUCUCCUCAGUGAGGGAGAUGAGAUUCUGGAGAUCAACGGGAUUUCUAUUCGUGGGAAACAUGUCAAUGAAGUUCAUGACUUACUGCAACAAAUGCAAGGCACUCUGACCUUCCUCCUCAUCCCGAGCACUCAGAUUAAACCUGCCCCACACAGGCAGACUGUGAUGCACGUGAGAGCUUACUUUGACUACGACCCUUCGGAUGACCCCUUCGUGCCUUGUCGAGAACUGGGCCUGUCUUUUCAGAAAGGAGACAUCCUUCAUGUCAUCAGCCAGGACGAUCCUAACUGGUGGCAGGCCUACAGGGACGGAGACGAGGACAACCAGCCCCUGGCUGGACUGGUUCCAGGGAAAAGCUUCCAGCAACAGAGAGAGACCUUGAAGAAAACUAUAACAGACAGGACUCGAGAGCGAGACCAAGGAAAGCUUUGGUAUAAGAAGACUAAGAAACAGAGGAAGAAGAGCACAUCUAAUGUGAAUAAAAAUACCGACUACGAGGACGUCCUGACGUAUGAGGAGAUGUCCCUUUAUCACCAGCCUACUAAUCGUAAACGUCCUAUUGCACUGAUCGGACCCACAAACAGUGGCCACGACGAGCUGCGUCGGAGGCUUCUGUCCAUUGAACCAGAAAAGUUUGCUGUUGCUGUUCCACACACAACCAGGAACCCAAGGAUACAUGAGCGAAAUGGACGAGAGUACCAUUUUGUGAGUCGGCCUGCCUUUGAGACAGACUUGGCAACAGGAAAGUUUAUUGAGUCGGGCGAAUAUGAGAAGAACCUGUACGGUACGAGCACCGACUCAGUGCGACACAUUGUCAACACCGGACGCAUCUGUCUGCUCUGCCUCCACACCAGGUCAUUGAAGAUAUUGAGAUCCUCCAACCUCAAGCCCUAUGUUAUCUUCAUCGCUCCUCCUUCUCAAGAACGACUACGCACCCUGCUGGCCACAGAAGGAAAAACACCAAAGCCGGAGGAGCUGAAGGAGGUCAUCGAAAAGGCCCGUGAGAUGGAGCACAAUUUUGGCCACUUCUUCGACGCGACUAUUGUCAACAUGGAUCCAGACCAAGCUUUCCACGAGCUGCGUAGGCUGAUAGAUAAGCUGGACACUGAGCCCCAGUGGGUGCCCACCUCCUGGCUGUGCUAGAUGUCACAGGAUCCCACCAAAGGGAGGACGACUGGAGACUGACAAACAGUGGUAAUCUCACUGAAUUUGCACUUGCACAUUUUCCUCGUUGGUAGAGGAGGUGAUCGUUACCACGGGUUACAGGGAUGGACUCAAGUUUCUGUUAUUUGUUUUUGUUGGUGUUUGUCUUUUGUGGGUGAUAUUUUUUUUCUGUUUGGUUUUUGUUGAUCUCACAGCUUUAUGCAAAGUCAUUUAUCAACCAAAUAGAAAUAUUUCUAUCCUAUUCCUCAUAGAUAUUUAUAAUUGUAAAUAUAUUUUUUAGCCAAAAAGACAAAAUAUUUUAUUGUAACUUUUUUGUGGGGAUAUUUUACAAAACAAUUCAUAGUGGUAACAUCACAGGUAUUAAAUGGCUUUUUAAUAAUGUAAUAAGCCAAGUUAUCUUCAGGUACCAAAAACAUAAGAAAGGAAAAGUUUGUUGUCUUCCAUUCUGAAAUACAUGACAAAAAUCUGCUGUUACCUGCACAGGUAUGGGAACUUCCUUUAAACCAAUGUCAGUAUUAUUUUGUGCUGUUUUAUGCUGUGAUAACAAACCUCAAAUGUGUUUUUUCUCUCUAGCUGGUUAUCAUCACUAUCAGUAUGUCAUGCUGCAAAGUACUGCUGAGUGUGUUUUUUUUUUUUUUAACCAUUGUUCAAUUGUAUCAAUGGCACUGUAUCAUUUAGAGUGCAGUAACUUCAACAAAUCAUGUAUUACUUCUUCUCUGCAGGGUCUGUCUUAUUCAUAAGCACAGUUCUGUAAAUAAAAUUCAGAUACAAAUGUGAA